UUCGGAAUGAGUUCAAAGAGGAAAACUGUUGAUUUGGUGUCAGAGGAAGGGUUUGGUUCAGAAGCAAAGAGGCAAAGUGUUGUGGAGGAGGAGGAGGUGGAGUCAUCUCCAUUGCCGCCGCCUCUUCCAAUUGCGAAUCCUCUUUUUGGAUUAGCGAAUUAUGAUGAUGAUGAGGAGGAGGAAGAGGAGAGGCAGAUGGCUGAACAAAAUGGCAGUAGGGAGGGAAUGGAGAAUGGCAAUCGAGGUCAAGGAAUAGAAGAGGAGGAAGAGGAUCAAAUUGAGCAAGGAUAUGGUGAAGGAAGGCGUAACCAUGAGGUUGAGCGCCGGAGGGACUGUCCUUAUCUUGAUACUGUUAAUCGGCAGGUUUUGGAUUUUGAUUUUGAGAAGUUUUGUUCUGUCUCUCUGUCGAAUUUGAAUGUGUAUGCCUGUUUGGUCUGUGGGAAGUAUUAUCAAGGAAGAGGGAAAAAGUCUCAUGCAUAUACUCACAACCUGGAAGCAGGCCACCAUGUUUAUAUCAAUCUUCGGACUGAGCAGGUUUAUUGCCUUCCUGACGGAUAUGAAAUUGACAACCCCUCAUUAGAUGACAUUCGACAUGUUCUGAAUCCCAGGUUUGCUAGGGAACAAGUGGAACGACUUGACAAGAACAAGCAGUGGUCUAGGGCACUUGAUGGUUCUGAUUACCUUCCAGGAAUGGUGGGGCUUAACAACAUUAAAGAGACAGAUUUUGUGAAUGUCACAAUACAAUCUUUGAUGAGAGUUACUCCUUUAAGGAAUUUUUUCCUUAUCCCUGAAAAUUAUAAACACAGCAAAUCUCCACUUGUUCAUCGAUUUGGAGAACUCACAAGAAAGAUCUGGCAUACAAGGAACUUUAAAGGACAGGUAAGCCCACAUGAGUUUCUACAGGCAAUUAUGAAAGCCAGUAAAAAAAGGUUUCGGAUUAGUGUGCAGUCUGAUCCAGUUGAAUUCAUGUCAUGGCUUCUUAACACACUGCAUGCUGAUCUUAAAACGAAGAAAAAUAGAAGCAUUAUCUACGAUUGCUUUCAGGGAGAAUUGGAGGUUGUGAAAGAGAUUCAUAACAAAGCUUUCUUGGAGAAGAAAGAUAACAGUGAUGACCAGCAUGCUGCUUCAAAACUCAUAGAUGGUGGAAUUGAAUAUGAUGCUGUUGUGACAGAAACUUCCAGAAUGCCAUUCUUAAUGCUUGGACUGGAUUUGCCACCACCUCCUCUCUUCAAAGACGUGAUGGAGAAAAAUAUAAUACCCCAGGUUCCACUCUUCAACGUCCUGAAGAAGUUUGAUGGUGAAACUAUCACUGAGGUUGUCCGACCUCGUAUAGCAAGGAUGAGAUACCGUGUUACCAGAUUGCCACAGUAUCUAAUUCUCCACAUGUGUCGAUUUACAAAGAACAACUUUUUUGUGGAAAAAAAUCCUACAUUAGUGAACUUUCCCGUGAAGAACCUGGAGUUGAAGGAUUACAUUCCCUUGCCAACACCUAAGGAGAAUCGGAAAUUGUGUUCAAAGUAUGAUUUGAUUGCCAACAUUGUUCAUGAUGGUAAACCUGAUGAAGGGUACUACAGGGUAUUUGUACAGAGGAAGUCAGAAGAAUUAUGGUAUGAGAUGCAGGAUUUGCAUGUUUCAGAAACACUUCCUCAAAUGGUUGCACUCUCGGAGACUUAUAUGCAGAUUUAUGAACAGCAUCAGUAAUGGAGGAGUUCGAGUCCUCUUGUUAAAUGUUGAUUGGUUGUUUAUCAAGUUUAGGUGAUCAUAGUGUAAUAUUUUUCAAACAGAUUAUGAAAUAUCAUAGGAGAAAGGAGAGAUUAUUUUCUUGCAAGAUACACUAACUCUUGAACUUUCACAUGUGCUCCUCACAUGGCCUUCCACAAGUGUUGAGUCCCGAGCCAAUCACGAGAUCAAUUAUCUUGAGAAAAUCUUCAUCACUUAUGACUAAACUCAUUACAAUUAAAUCUCACAAAAUACAAGGAAAUAAAAGGCAAAAAUGCAUUUUUAGUUCUUA